AUGCGAGGGAUUCAGAGUCUCGUGAGCCUGUCCUUGCUCGCCGGAGCUUGGGCGAACCCGAUGCACAAGAGAUGGAAGCCCAACGCGCCCCGGAACCCGGACUUCCCCCUUGACGAAGUCGACAAGCUCGAGGAGUCCAUCAUGCCCAAUGUUGAGGCAUGGAUGUCCAAGCGCCCGGCCAAAUACAGCAACUGCACUCUCGAGAAUGCGGGCAUCCGGAGGGAAUGGAGCGACCUCUCGGUGGACGAGCGCAAGGAGUACAUCAGCGCCGUCCUCUGCCUCCAGUCCAAGCCUUCCAAGAUUCCCGAGGGCGAGGUCCCUGGGGCCCUGAGCCGCUUCGACGACUUUGUGGCGACGCACAUGACCAUGGCAGGCCAGCUGCACAGCCCAACCAACCUAUUUGCCGCCCACCGGUACUUCAUCCACGCCUACGAGAAGGCACUGCGUGAGGAGUGCGGCUACAAGGGGUAUCAGCCGUACAUGAACUACGACCGCUAUGCUGACGACCCCCUCAACACACCCUUGUUUGACGGCAGUGACAGCAGCAUGAGUGGUAACGGCGGUCCGUACAACUACUCCGGCAUCCCCCAGCCCUUCCCAAAGCCGUAUAACUUGAUUCCUCCGGCUGGUGGUGGCGGUUGUGUCACCGAGGGCCCCUUCAGAGACAUGGUAGUCUCGCUGGGCCCCAAGGGCGGCCUCUUCCACGACAUACCGCGCAACCCGCGGGCGGACGGACUAGGCUCCAACCCGCGGUGCCUCCGCCGCGACGUCAACAAGUAUUCGGCCCGAGGCGCCCGCGCCAACUACACCUACAGCGCCAUCAUGGACAACCCGGAUAUCGACAGCUUCUACAACCGCUACAUGGGCAUGCCGCAGCUCAAGGGGGACCCUUACCCGUGGGGUCUCCAUAGCUCCGGCCACUACCUCAUCGGUGGCGACCCGGGCGGCGACUUCUACUGCUCUCCCGGCGACCCGCUCUUCUACUUCCACCACGGCAUGCUCGACCGGGUCUGGUGGAUCUGGCAGAUGCAGGACCCGGAGAACCGCGUCCAAGCCGUCCCGGGGACCAACACGAUGCCGAUGCCGCCCUUGAUGGCCGCCAACUUGGAGAGCGAGGCGGCCGCGACGACGACGCACAAGCGGGCGGUCAACGUCAGCGACCUGGUUGUGGACCUGGGCUGGACGGCGCCCCCGGUCAAGUUGGUCGACCUGAACGAGCAGCUGGGCGGUCUGGGCGGCGAGCUGUGCUACAUCUACGUGUGA